GAGGAAUCGUCAUCCUCGUCGCGAGACCGAUCGAGAGUGCGUUCUGGUGUGUUGCCGCAGGGGAGGAGGGGAGGGAGACUCGAAAGGGAGGAAAGACGACGACGUCGGCGACGAGGUGGAAGAAGGAGAGGAAGAGAGGUGCUGGAGGAAGACGAGGAAGAAGAAAAGGAAGGUAGAAGUGGUUGGUUCCGUUUGUCUCGUCGUCUCGGGAUCGAGAGAGUUUAGAGUUUAGGAGAGAGGAAGAGGCAUUCCCCCCCUCUCUUCUCUCUCUCUCUCUCUCUCUCUCUCCCUCUCUCCAGUCUCUCCGCGAGUCUCUCCGAGUGAUCGUUUUUGCGCGAACGAGCGAUCAAGAGCGAAGAAGAAACGAUAAGAAAACGGGUGUUACGGGUGGAUCGGGAAAUCGAGGAGGAGGAGGAGGAGGAUAAAAUCGAGGAAGAGAAGGGAAAAGGAUAUCGAAGAGAGAGAGAAAAAGUGGUAUGUGGUGAUAUUUUUUUUCCCCGUCUUUUUUUUUUUUUUUUUUUUUUCUUUCGUUCCCUUCCGUUCCCCGUUCUCACUGGGAAAUAGAGGAGGGCUACUGUGUUCGUCGUGGAGGCGGCGAAGCCUUUCGUCGAGUGUAGUGUGGUUUCUUAAAGUGGUGCCUCAGCACGAAGAGGGAAUCGCCAGCAGGGCAGAGGCUCGAACGCAUGUAGGAACAUGGCCGCAACCAGCCCCUGCCUCCCUCUAGAGGUUGGCAGCGCAAGAGGCGGCACAAAGGGACCCUGGAUACGCGAGUCAGUACAGGAGAAGGCCGAGGUUGGCCGGACUGAGUUUCGGUGACUGGACUAGCUUUGGAGGGGAGGUACCUGGUCUGGUGGACAUGGCGCCAGGCCGGGAUCAGGGCGGAGGGGCGGGUGGGGGUGGGGGAGGCGGCAAGGGCACCACGUCGUUGUUCAUCCUUUCGGAGGAUAACUGCAUAAGGAAGCAUACCCGCUUCAUAAUCGAGUGGCCGCCCUUCGAGUACGCCGUCCUGCUCACCAUCAUCGCCAAUUGCGUGGUCCUCGCCCUCGAGGAGCACCUGCCCAAGCAGGACAAAACCAUACUCGCACAGAAGCUCGAGGCCACCGAAAUCUAUUUCCUCGGGAUCUUCUGCGUCGAGGCGAGCCUCAAGAUCCUCGCCCUUGGCUUCGUCCUCCACCGUGGCUCCUAUUUGCGCAACAUCUGGAACAUCAUGGAUUUCUUCGUCGUGGUGACCGGGUUCAUCACGGCGUUCUCGCAAGGCAUAGAACUGGAUAUGGAUCUGCGCACGUUGCGUGCGAUACGCGUGUUGCGACCGCUCAAACUUGUCUCCGGCAUACCGAGUCUCCAGGUGGUGCUCAAGUCUAUUAUCAAGGCAAUGGCGCCGCUUCUGCAGAUCGGCCUGCUGGUACUUUUCGCCAUCGUGAUAUUCGCCAUCAUCGGCCUCGAAUUCUAUUCGGGGACCCUGCAUAAAACGUGUUACAGCAUCAGGGAUAUCAAUGUAAUCGUGAAGGAGGGCGAACAGGCGAGCCCGUGUAACACGGACAACAAAUCCGAGGCGCCAUUCGGGGCCCACGUGUGCGACGCGAACAUCUCGACGUGCAUGGAUCACUGGGAGGGACCAAACUUCGGCAUCACCAGCUUCGACAACAUCGGAUUCGCCAUGCUCACUGUCUUCCAGUGCAUCACUAUGGAGGGCUGGACUGCCAUAUUGUACUGGACAAACGACGCUCUUGGCAGCACGUACAACUGGAUUUACUUUAUACCAUUGAUCGUCCUUGGCUCAUUCUUCAUGCUGAACUUAGUUCUCGGUGUUCUGAGCGGAGAGUUUGCGAAGGAGAGAGAAAAGGUGGAGAACCGGCAGUCCUUCCUCAAAUUGCGAAGACAGCAGCAGCUCGAGCAUGAACUGUACUGUUACCUGAAUUGGAUCUGCAAAGCAGAGGAGGUAAUACUCGCGGAAGAAAGGACCACAGAAGAGGAGAAAAAGCACAUAUUAGAAGGAAGAAAAAGAGCCGAGGCGAAGAAGAAGAAGCUCGGCAAGAGCAAAAGUACGGACACGGAGGAAGAGGAAGGCGAUGACGACCAGGAUGACGGGUUUUCAAGAUCCUCCUCGACGAAAGAAAAGGGACCUUGCAAGCAGUUCUGGCUGGCCGAGAAAAGAUUCAGGUACUGGAUACGAAAAUCCGUGAAAUCGCAAAAAUUCUACUGGUUCGUCAUCGUUCUCGUGUUCUUCAACACCGUCUGCGUGGCCGUGGAGCAUUACGGUCAGCCCCAAUGGCUGACCGAUUUCCUCUACUUCGCAGAGUUCGUGUUCCUGGCUCUGUUCAUGUUGGAGAUGUUCAUCAAGGUGUACGCGCUCGGCCCUCGCACAUACUUCGACUCGAGCUUCAAUCGUUUCGACUGCGUGGUCAUCUCGGGAUCGAUCUUCGAAGUGAUCUGGUCCGAGGUGAAGUCCGGCUCUUUCGGCCUCUCCGUCCUACGUGCCCUUAGACUCCUGCGAAUUUUUAAGGUCACCAAAUACUGGAAGAGCCUGAGAAACCUCGUAAUAUCGCUGCUCAGCUCGAUGCGUAGCAUCAUCUCCCUGCUCUUCCUGCUCUUCCUCUUCAUUCUCAUAUUCGCGCUGCUCGGUAUGCAGCUGUUCGGCGGCCAAUUCAACUUCGAUUCAGGCACGCCGCCCACCAACUUCAACACCUUUCCCAUCGCGCUGCUCACUGUCUUCCAAAUCCUGACCGGAGAAGAUUGGAACGAAGUGAUGUACCAGGGUAUAGAAUCGCAAGGUGGUCACAAGAAGGGCAUGAUCUACUCGCUCUACUUCAUCGUGCUGGUGCUGUUCGGCAACUACACGCUGCUGAACGUGUUCUUGGCUAUCGCCGUCGACAAUCUGGCAAACGCACAAGAGCUGAGCGCCGCCGAGAACGAGGAGGAAGAGGAGGACAAGCAGAAGCAGGCGCAGGAGAUCGAGAAAGAGAUCCAAUCCCUGCAGAAUCCAAAAGACGGUGGCGCGCCAAAGGUAGAAAUCUGCCCUCCGAGUCCGAACCAGAAUUUCAAAGACGGUAAAGGUGGAAAACAGUCAUCCGAAGAAGAGAAAAAGCAGGAUGAAGACGAUGACACGGGACCAAAACCAAUGCUGCCAUACUCCUCCAUGUUUAUACUGUCCCCUACGAAUCCAGUAAGAAGAGCCGCCCAUUGGGUCGUCAACCUGAGGUACUUCGACUUCUUCAUAAUGGUGGUGAUAUCGCUGUCGAGUAUCGCGUUGGCCGCCGAAGAUCCCGUAUGGGAGGACUCGCCGAGGAACGAAGUUCUCAAUUACUUCGAUUACGCGUUCACAGGUGUCUUCACCGUCGAGAUGAUACUGAAGAUAAUCGAUCUCGGUAUCAUACUUCAUCCGGGCUCGUAUCUGCGCGAGUUCUGGAACAUUAUGGACGCGGUUGUGGUGAUAUGCGCCGCUGUUUCGUUCGCCUUCGACAUGACGGGCAGCUCGGCCGGGCAAAAUCUCUCCACGAUCAAGUCGUUGAGGGUGCUCCGCGUGCUCAGGCCGUUAAAGACGAUCAAGAGGGUGCCGAAGCUUAAGGCGGUCUUCGACUGCGUGGUGAACAGUCUUAAAAAUGUCAUUAACAUUCUCAUAGUGUACAUAUUGUUCCAAUUCAUAUUCGCUGUGAUCGCGGUGCAGCUGUUCAACGGCAAGUUCUUCUACUGCAGCGACGAGAGCAAAUAUACGCAACAGGAUUGCCAGGGUCAGUAUUUCGUUUUCGAAGACGGCGCCCUGUUGCCAGAGCCAAAGAAACGUGAAUGGCAGUCGCAGUUUUUUCACUACGACAACGUGAUGGCCGCCAUGCUUACGCUGUUCGCGGUACAGACUGGCGAGGGUUGGCCCCAAAUCCUGCAGAAUUCUAUGGCGGCCACGUACGAGGACAAGGGCCCCAUACAGAAUUUUCGUAUAGAGAUGUCCAUUUUCUACAUCGUCUACUUCAUCGUAUUUCCAUUCUUCUUCGUCAACAUCUUCGUGGCCUUGAUUAUCAUCACUUUCCAGGAGCAGGGAGAGGCUGAAUUGCAAGACGGCGAAAUCGACAAAAAUCAGAAAUCUUGCAUAGACUUCACGAUACAAGCUCGCCCUUUGGAAAGGUACAUGCCGAAAGAGCGGAACAGCGUAAAGUACAAAAUCUGGAGAAUAGUGGUAUCGACGCCUUUCGAAUAUUUUAUCAUGGGUCUCAUCGUAUUAAACACAGUACUGCUCAUGAUGAAGUUCCAUCGGCAAAGCGACGCUUACAAGAACACGCUGAAGUACAUGAACAUGUGCUUCACGGGGAUGUUCACCGUCGAGUGCAUACUGAAGAUCGCCGCAUUCGGCGUGAGGAAUUUCUUCAAGGACGCCUGGAACACGUUCGACUUCAUCACGGUGAUCGGCAGCAUCGUGGACGCCCUCGUGAUCGAGUUCGGGGAGCGGUUUUCGAGUAUGCCCAGUGGCGGCCAACUAGGCGAAAAAAAGGAGAACUUUAUCAACGUCGGCUUCCUGAGGCUGUUUCGCGCGGCCAGGCUGAUCAAACUACUCAGGCAGGGUUACACGAUACGAAUUUUGCUCUGGACCUUUGUACAAUCUUUCAAAGCUCUGCCUUACGUUUGUCUCCUCAUAGCGAUGUUGUUUUUCAUCUACGCGAUCAUCGGUAUGCAGGUCUUUGGAAAUAUAUCGAACGAUCCAGGAACAGCGAUCGAUGAUCACAACAACUUUCAGUCCUUCUUCGCUGGUCUUAUGUUGCUUUUUCGGUGUGCGACUGGCGAGGCAUGGCCGAACAUAAUGCUGUCCUGCGUGAAGGGUCGCCCUUGCGACGCGAAAGCCGGUAAACAGGAGGGUGGCUGUGGCUCGAACAUAGCGUACGCCUAUUUCGUCUCGUUCAUCUUCUUCUGUUCGUUCCUGAUGCUGAAUCUGUUCGUCGCCGUCAUCAUGGACAAUUUCGAUUACCUUACGAGGGACUCGUCCAUACUUGGCGCCCACCACUUGGACGAGUUCGUACGCAUAUGGGCCGAAUACGACCCGAACGCGACCGGCAAGAUCCAUUACACGGAGAUGUACGACAUGCUGAAGAACAUGGAUCCGCCGUUGGGGUUUGGAAACAAAUGUCCGAACAGGCUUGCCUACAAGAAGCUUAUCAGGAUGAACAUGCCGGUGGACGUCGACUUGAAGGUGAACUUCACCACCACUUUGUUCGCCCUGAUCCGCGAGAAUCUCAAUAUAAAAGUGAGAAGAGCCUCCGAGAGAAACCAAGCGAACGAGGAGCUAAGAGACACGAUAAGAAGUAUUUGGCCUCUGCAGGCGAAAAAGAUGUUGGACCUUUUGAUACCUAGGAACGAAGAAAUAGGCAGAGGUAAGAUGACCGUUGGUAAGAUAUACGUCUGCCUUCUGAUACUCGAAAGUUGGAGGACGACUAGGUUUGGUCAGAUAGAAUCAGCCGGACAGAACGAUAACGAUCUUAUCGAUAACGAUAAUGCUGGGCAAAGUCCUGCAGCCCAGGCGCAAGCCUUCCUCAACUGCAUACUGGACGUGACGGCGGUAAAUCAUACCGGAAAUAAUCACGGGGCCGGAAGUAGGGCGAACAGCCUCGAACACGUGGUACGGCCAACGCCGGAAACGAAGCUCGAUCAACACAAGGAGCACAGGGAGGAAGACGACGAGCAUAGACGUCAACGUAGCAUCAGAAAUAAAAAGAUGGAGCUUCAGGACGUCGUGGUUAGCGACUCGCGUGCCGGUAGCCUCGAGAGUCUCACGCACCCCGGCAAAAGACUUCAUCCACCUGUGCAGCCAGUUAGACACCCAUCGCGUUCACCGAGUCUAAGGAGGCACUCGCCAGGGCGACCUGGAUACGAUCAUCACGGUCAUUAUUACCACGAAGGACCAGGGUUUAGCGAUACGGUUAGCAACGUCGUCGAGAUUCAGAGACACACGCAUCAUCCCCAUCCGUCACAGUACAAUCAUCGGCACAGGAUGCGAGACUAUUACGACCACUGCGACUAUUACGACGAUGGUCCGUGGAGCGCUUCGACGAGCCCAGCGAGGACGCCGAGCCCGAUACACCACAUCGACCGUGGCCGCCAUUACGGGACGACGAGUUUGGAGCAACGUUCGAGGAGUCCAAGCCCGAUCGGUGGUCGCCAGCCACCCCACACUCACCAGCACUAUCAUCGGCAUCAUCCCCAUCAACACAGUUACCCGGUGCUGGUGACGAGGCGAGGGCGUGGCCGUCGAUUACCCCCAACCCCCAACAAACCCUCGACGCUUCAGCUCAAACCGGCGAACAUCAAUUUCCCGAAAUUGAACGCCUCGCCUACCCACGGCUCGCACAUACACGUGCCGAUCCCAGCCGGUAUCCAGCAUCCGCCACCCGGCCAGCAUCUGCCUCCCAUGCAACCGAGCCACUGCCCCCUAAGCUUCGAGCAAGCGGUGGCGAUGGGUCGGGGUGGCCGCCUAUUGCCAAGCCCUGUGCCCAACGGCUACAAACCGCAGCCACAGGCCAAGCAGAGGACACCAAGGUCGAGACACUCGGACAGCGACGAAGACGACUGGUGCUAGCCAAAGUGGGACCCUGGACGGUGGUCCGGUGACGUGGACGCCCCCAGGCGUCUUAGGGUUUGCGCGUGAAUUCUUCCACAUUGGGAGGCGCAUCGAUUAUUAAACCGUGAAAACGCAAGUGCGACUCGACCGGCUUGGUGGACUCGAGAGAACUACGAAUCUGAAAAUGAGAUGAUUGUCUGUGAUGGCCCAAGUGAGGGACGGGACAGGUGUUGCGCGACAAGGAGGAAACUUAUCCACGAAGAUAGAAUGAUAGGAAGGCGGGAACACCUGUACACAUCUCGAAGAAGAAGGGAAGAGCGUGUUUAGUUUCUCGAAAUUUCGGGAGAAACGGGACAGGCAAAGGAUUCACAAAGAGAUAUUUCGCGACUGAAACGAAAGCAAACAUCGGAUGAUCGUUACAGGGACAACAAAGCAACAUACGUAUAUGUGUAUAUAUAUAUAUAUAUAUAUAUAUAUNAUAUAUAUAUAUUAUAUGUAUAUACACAUAUACAUAUACAUAUAUAUGUAAAUAUAUAUAAAAAAGAAACGAGCAGUCGUCACGGUGGUCACCAUCGAAACCAGACUUACUGUGCGUGCCACGACGUAAACACGACGAUCGUCGAUUUAAACUGCG